AUGGCGCGUGACCUCAUUCUUCUUACAGGAGGCUCAGGCCACAUUGGUUAUCGCACACUUAUUGAAGCCCUAUCAAAAGGCUACAAGGUCCGCGCCGCUGUUCGAUCGGACGCGAAAAUUGCCCAAAUCAAAGCAGCAAAGUCUACCCAACCUUACCUUGGCCAGCUGUCAUUCACCAUUGUUCCAGAUAUUACCAAGGAUGGUGUCUUUGAUGAAGCCGUUCAGGGCGUGGACUAUAUAGUGCACCUGGCAUCUCCUCUCGCAGCGUCCUCCGACGAUGACGAAGCAAAUAUCAUUCAGCCGGCCAUUCGUGGAACGUUAAGCAUUCUUUACUCAGCCUUGAAGGAGAGCAAAGUGCAACGUGUCGUUAUCACUUCAUCCGUUACUGCAGUUGGGCCAUGGUCCUCCGCAGGUGGCAAUCAGCCAGUCCAACCAUUUACAGCAGACGGCCUUCAGCCGGACCCACAAGGCCCCUACCCAAAUGCUUUUGCGGCCUAUGGCUCUAGUAAAAUUCUUGCAUACAAUCGCACUCGAGAAUUUAUUGCCAAGGAGAAACCGAGCUUCACAGUAGUCAACAUAAUGCCAACCUUUGUUAUUGGCAAGAAUGAGCUGGCGACAACACCAGAAGCUGCACGGGAGGGUUCCAAUCAAAUGGCAAUGGGUCCUCUUCUCGGCUCUAAGCAAGAAUAUGGCCCGCCCGCUGCUGCAUGCCAUCUUGACGAUGUUGCUUUCGUUCAUAUCGCGGCACUAAACCCUAAAAUAGAGGGCAAUCAAAAUUUUGGGAUCAAUUUCAAUGGCGCCAAAGGCAUUGUGUGGGACGAUGCAGUUGACAUCGUCAAGAAACAUUUCCCCGAAGCAGUUGAGAAGGGUAUUUUCCCGCUUGGUGGCUCGCAGCCCUCCGUGGCACUACCUUUUGAUGCUAGCAGGACAGAGGAGGUAUUCAACUUCAAGUACAAGAACUUCGAGGAGAUGAUUGUAAGCCUUGCCGGCCACUACGUUGCAAUUUCUGCGCGUCUAUGA